UACAACGGGACUCUCCAGUUGGUAUCUCUCGGAGGGCCAUUUGGAGGUGACGUCAAGACACUUGCGUUGGAGAUCAAGAUGGAGACUGAAACGAGACUUCAUGUUAAGAUCUAUGAUGCAUCACAUGAGCGUUACGAAGUUCCAAUUCCCACGCCUAUUGUCAAAGAAAAGGCCUCAUCAACUCAUUACCACUUUGUCUAUACAAAAUAUCCUUUCGGAUUCAGCGUCAUUAGACAAUCUUCAGGGACAGUGUUGUUCAAUUCAACUGUUGGUGGAUUCAUAUUUUCAGACCAAUUUAUUCAGAUGUCGGCACUUCUGUCGUCAUCAAAUGUAUACGGACUUGGAGAACACGUUGCCCCACUGAAGUUGAGUCUUGAUUGGCAACUUGUUCCAUUAUUUGCUGUUGAUAGCUACGGAACACCUGAGGGAUUGAAUCAUAAUUUAUAUGGGACACAUCCGUUCUAUCUGAAUGUUGAGGAGGACGGUCAAGCCAACGGCGUGUUGCUGUUGAAUAGCAAUGCUAUGGAGAUCUCACUUCAACCUACCCCUGCAAUCACAUACCGAACAUUGGGUGGAAUCCUAGACUUCUAUUUCUUCACCGGUCCAACUCCUGACAAAGUUAUUCAGCAGUACACAGAGGUGGUUGGUCGUCCUCACAUGCCUCCAUACUGGGCACUAGGAUUCCACCUUUCUCGUUACGGUUACAACAGUCUGAAUGCCACUGCAGCCGCUGUGAAGCGAAUGAUCGACGCUGAUAUUCCUCAGGAUGUCCAGUGGAACGACAUCGAUGCGAUGCAUAACCAUCUUGAUUUCACUUAUGAUCCGAAGAGAUUUGAUGGGCUACCUGUGUUUGUGGAUGAUCUGCACAAAGUCGGCAUGAGAUACCUUCUAAUACAAGAUCCAGGAAUAAGCAACAGUCAACCAGCUGGUAGUUAUCCACCUUAUGACGACGCUGUCAAGAUGGAUGUGUUGAUCAAGAAUGCGAGUGGUCUGCCUUUAGUUGGAAAGGUGUGGCCGGGUACCACCGUCUUUCCUGACUUCUUUCAUCCAAUGGCUGAAACUUAUUGGGAAAAGAAUUUAAAAGAUUUUCAUGAUAAAGUGGCGUUUGAUGGACUUCUAAUUGACAUGAACGAAAUAUCAAACUUUGUAAACGGAUCUAUUCACGGAUGUCCUAAUUCCACUCUCGAAUAUCCACCCUAUAUGCCACAUAUCGAUGGAACACAUUUGUAUUCGCGUACCAUAUGUAUGACUGCCAAAACAAACGUCUCCACUCAGUACAACGUUCACAAUCUGUAUGGCUAUUCAGAAGCCAAAGUGACAAUGACAGCACUAGAGAAUGUACGAAAGAAACGGAGUAUUGUCAUUUCACGUUCCACCUUUCCCGGUAGUGGAGCACACGGAAGCCACUGGUUGGGAGACAACAACAGCACCUGGACUGACAUGAGUGCUUCAAUCUCCGGAAUUUUGGCAAUGAACAUGUUUGGAAUACCAUUGGUGGGUGCAGAUAUAUGUGGAUUUCAUGGCAAUGCUACUGUAGAGCUGUGUGCUCGAUGGUCCGCACUUGGAGCAUUUUAUCCUCUGUCAUUCAAUCACAACACACCAUCAUCAGUGGCUCAAGAUCCGCCCUCUCUCGGUCCAGCAGUCGUGAAUGCCUCUCGCACGGCUUUACUGAUUCGAUAUUCUCUGUUGCCAACGCUCUAUACGUUAUUUCACAAAGCACACGUGAAGGGAUCCACUGUUGUUAGACCUCUAUUUUUCGAAUUUCCAACCGACAACAACACUUGGAGUAUUGACACACAGUUCCUUUGGGGUAGGAGUUUGUUGAUUACUCCUGUUCUUCAAGAAAAUGCGAGUGCAGUUGUUGGAUACUUUCCGCGGGGUCGUUGGUUUGACUUCUACACGGGCGAUGAGGUCUCGUUAACCAGUCAGAAUGUGAGUCUGAAGGCAUCUAUUGCUCACAUCAAUCUCCACGUGCGUGGCGGACACAUUUUGGUCACACAGACACCCAACAGAACGACAACUGCCACACGAGUCAAUCCGUUGGGGCUCGUUGUCGCUCUCGACGUCGACGGUACGGCUAACGGUUCUCUCUUCUGGGACGAUGGCGAGUCGCUUGAUACGUACGAAAAGGGUGAGUACACACUGAUAGAGUACAAAGUCGAACAGACUAAUCUCACUUGUGACAUCAUCAAAUCUGGAUACAACGGCACAGCUGCGUUGAUUAUCGAUCGAAUCCAUGUUUUUGGCUUGAACGAUAUGACCGUUCAAACUGUCACCGUCAACGGCCAGAAGGCAGUAUUUUUGUACAACUCUUCAAACGGGGUGCUGUCUGUGUCGCCGUUAAAGCUGCCUGUUGACAAGGUGUUUGUGAUGAAAUGGAUGGCCACGUGAUCCGGUUGAUUUGUACCACAUAUGGGUCCAGAUCUAUCAUUUUGCGUCAAUGUUAUUUUGGUAUCUGUCUAGUGUAAGCUGAAAUUUAUGUUAACACAACAGUGUUCCUGAUGUUGCGUUUAUUAAUUUUGUCAUUUUUAAUUGUGUGGUAAUAUGAAUUUCUAUAUCUUGGUGCGCAUGCGGAGUAGAGGAACGGAAG